AUGCCGUCGCCGUUGCCCAAUAACACCCCUAGUAGUAACAGAGCAUCGAAUUCCUCCCCUCCACCAUCAUCAUUUGGUGGAGGAUUUGGUAGCGCCGGUGGAUUCGACCACGAAGCUCAUAUGGGGUCCAGAACGCAGUUCCCAAGCUCAUCCCAACAUCAGGAAAGUAUGAGAGCUGCACCUGUGGACUCUUCGCAGCUCAGUUCUCAAAAUACUUUCAGCGAUGCCCGAUCCGGAGACAUUGGGCCUGAUUUACCCAUGCAAACGAUGAGGAGAAGAGCCCUCAAUCAUGUCAAGAAGGUAGAGGAUGUCACAGGUGAAAAGGUCCGUGAAGCUUUCGAGCAUUUUUUGGAAGAGUUUUCUCUUCCCUCUGUUGAAACAGGUAGAAGCGAUAAAGUGUAUCGAGCUCAAAUUGAGUUUAUGAAAAUCUACGACCUGAGCACAAUUUACAUCGACUAUAGGCACUUGUCUAUGAGAGAGAAUGGCGCUUUAGCUUUAGCUAUAUCAGAGCAGUACUACAGAUUUCUUCCGUUUUUGUUGAAGGGACUAAGGGCAAUCAUAAGAAAAUAUGCACCAGAUUUACUUGUUACUGGCGAUUCGCCAAAUAGAAAUGUGGAGGGAAAUGAGGACAAUGGGACUAGUCAAUCUCUGGAAAAUGCCUCUACUAUGAUGACUCAGGGAAAUACUGAGACUGGUAACGCUAUUGGGUCCGGAAGUACCAACUCGCCAGAACACACGGAGCGUGUAUUUCAGAUCAGUUUCUAUAACCUGCCAACAGUACACAGAAUCCGUGAUAUAAGGUCAGAAAAGAUCGGUUCUUUGCUAAGUAUUUCUGGUACUGUGACAAGAACGUCUGAAGUUCGUCCAGAACUUUUCAAGGCAAGUUUUACUUGCGAUAUGUGCCGUGCAAUAGUCGAUAACGUUGAACAGGCUUUCAAAUAUACAGAGCCAACUUUCUGCCCCAACCCAUCUUGUGAAAACAGAGCAUUCUGGACUCUCAACGUUUCUCGUUCUAAGUUUCUCGAUUGGCAAAAGGCUAGAAUACAAGAAAAUGCCAACGAGAUCCCCACAGGUUCCAUGCCACGGACCCUGGACGUGAUAUUGCGAGGUGAUUGUGUUGAAAGGGCUAAACCUGGUGACCGUUGUAAAUUUUCAGGUACGGAGAUCGUUGUCCCCAACGUCACACAGCUGGGCUUACCUGGUAUCAAACCAAGCUCAGCCAUGGAUACAAAGGGAAUCACAAGGAGCUCUGAAGGCUUAAACAAUGGUGUCAGCGGUCUUCGUGCGCUCGGAGUUCGAGACUUGACAUAUUCGAUUAGUUUUCUGGCGUGCCACGUCGUCAGUAUAGGAUCCAAUGUGGGAAAUGCUCAACCUGACGAUACAAACCUCGAAAGCAGUUUGCAGAUUACCAAUAAUCUCCACACCACUAAUGUUUACAACGAUGACGGGAAGGAUCAAGAAGUUUUCCUGAACAGCUUAAACUCCAACGAAAUUAAUGAGUUGAAAGAGAUGGUUAAAGAUGAACAUAUCUAUGAUAAGCUAGUGAGAUCCAUUGCUCCAGCAGUUUUUGGACAUGAAGCCGUGAAAAAAGGUGUCCUUCUACAAAUGCUGGGUGGUGUUCAUAAGAGCACCGUGGAAGGUAUCAAACUGAGAGGUGAUAUCAACAUUUGUAUUGUGGGUGAUCCCUCGACGUCCAAGUCCCAGUUCUUGAAAUAUGUCACGAGCUUCGCGACUAGAUCUGUUUACACUUCCGGUAAGGCAUCUUCGGCCGCAGGUUUAACUGCUGCUGUUGUGAGAGAUGAGGAGGGUGGUGACUACACCAUCGAGGCCGGUGCUCUAAUGCUUGCUGAUAAUGGUAUAUGUUGUAUCGAUGAAUUUGACAAGAUGGACAUUUCGGACCAAGUCGCCAUUCAUGAAGCAAUGGAGCAACAGACUAUUUCGAUCGCCAAAGCUGGUAUCCACGCGACACUGAAUGCAAGGACGUCUAUCUUAGCAGCUGCCAACCCUGUCGGUGGUAGAUACAAUAGGAAAUUAUCCUUACGUGGUAACCUGAACAUGAGUGCGCCGAUUAUGUCAAGAUUCGAUUCUUUUUUUGUCAUUCUGGAUGAUUGCAAUGAAAGAAUUGACACCGAGCUGGCAUCUCAUAUCGUUAAUCUGCAUAUGAAGCGCGACGAGGCCAUUAAUCCGCCGUUCACAGCUGACCAGUUGAGACGUUACAUUAGGUACGCGAGAACUUUUAAGCCUAUUUUGACGGAAGGCGCUCGCAAGUUCCUGAUCGCUAAAUACAAAGAGCUAAGAGAAGAUGAUGCUCAAGGCUAUAGCAGAUCCAGUUACAGAAUCACUGUGAGACAACUAGAGAGUAUGAUCAGAUUGUCGGAAGCAAUUGCAAGGGCCAACUGUGUGGAUGAGAUAACACCAUCGUUUGUCGCCGAGGCCUACGAUUUACUGCGCCAGAGUAUAAUUCGUGUUGAUGUUGAUGACAUCGAGGUCGAUGAGAACGAGGAUGAUCAAGAGAUGGAAGAGCAAGAAACACAAAAUACAGAGGCUACUUCUUCUACUGAAACCGACGCAUCAAGAUCAUCAACGUUCACUGGUCAAGGUGCUCCGGCGAAGCCAAAGACAAAGCUUACUGUAUCGUACGAAAAAUACGUCUCAAUGAUGAAUCUCAUCGUACAUAAGAUUGCUGAAGUGGAACGCGAAGGCGGCACAGAACUAACAGCAACCGGGAUCGUCGACUGGUAUCUCCUACAGAAGGAAAAUGACCUGAGCUCUGAGAACGAGUACUGGCAGGAGAGAAAGCUGGCUUUCAAGGUGCUUAAGAGAUUAGUAAGGGACAGAAUACUCAUGGAGAUUCACGGGACAAGACAUGAUUUGAACGAGUCAGUAACUUCCGCGGAGGAAGCCCAAGCUGAUCGGGACAAGAUCGUUUAUGUUAUCCACCCCAAUUGCGAAAUUUUAGACACACUCGAUCAGCAAUCGCAACAACAGUAA